AUGACCCAAGCGCCAGGGUGCGAGCACUUUGCCGCUGCCUGUAUAUCAGAGGAUGCUCGUGCUGGGUUCGGCGAAAAACUGAGGACAGCCGCGCUCCUAGGCUCGCAUUAUUUGGGGAUGGAUGGUCCCCCACCUAAAAAGAAACGGAGGCUCCCCGCGCCUAUGUGCGGUGGGUGUGCUGCUCCGCUUCAUCGACCCCAGCUGUGCCUGGAAUGCUCCUUCCUCGGCGGCUGGGACGAUGGACACGUGAAGGCCCAUCUGGAGAAGACGGGGCAUCUAUUUGGGAUCGACGCUAAAUCAGGGAUGAUAUUCUGCCAUUCAUGUGACGAUUUCAUCUAUUCCAAAGAGAUGGACGAGCGAUUCGAGCAGGUGCUGUUAGCGGUGGAAGAGAAACGCACGCCCACGCAAGUCUCACAGGAGAACAGCAUCGAGCGCCAGAAAUUCACGUCGUGGAACGAGGGCCAGCACCGAGUCCAGCUCGCGGGGUUCAAGAGCGUCGCAGGACGUGGCCGGCGAGGGCUGCUCAACCUCGGCGCCUCGUGCUACCUCAGCGUGAUCGUGCAGACUUUCUUGCACAAUCCUGUGCUAAGAAACUAUUUUUUGAGUGAUAAACAUCCGACGAGGUUGUGCAAGAAUAACAAGACGUGCAUAUGUUGUGAGAUGGACAAGCUAUUCGCAGAGUUCUAUUCCACCAAUACCGCCACGCCCUAUGGUCCUACCUCCCUCAUGCACGCUAUGUGGCUCACCACCACCGAACUAGCUGGCUAUGCACAGCAAGAUGCCCACGAAUUCUACCUCGCCGCCCUGCAUCAAAUCCACGCCUCCUCCCGGGGCUCAACAAACGUCUCCUGCAACUGUAUCAUUCACUCCACAUUUGCCGGCCAGCUGCAGAGCGAGGUCGUCUGCGGCGAAUGUGGGAAUGUGACGACCACCUUGGACCCGAUGCUCGAUAUCAGCUUGGACCUGAAGGGCGUCGCCGGGUCGAAGAACAAGCACCAGCUAGGAGUGGCAGAUGAGAACACCCUUGGAGCUUGUUUACGCAGGUUUACAAGGCACGAGAAACUCCCGCAUGAGUAUAAUUGUAGCGAGUGCGGGAAGAUGACUAAUGGCGCUACGAAGCGUCUGAGUUUCCGCAAGCUCCCCCCAGUUUUGGCAUUCCAUUUCAAGCGAUUUGAGCAUUCAUCUACCGCAACUAAGAUAGACACACCCAUCCGGUUUCCGUCCGUGAUCAACAUGGCCCCAUUCACAUCCGCCGCGCUUGGCAAACCAGAAGGAACGAUAGACCCUGACGAAUUCGGACCUGAAGUGCUGUACGACUAUGAUCUGUUUGCUGUUGUCAACCAUGAGGGUAAGAUAGACACGGGGCAUUAUACCAACUUUGCACGCGUGGACGGAGAGUGGUAUCGUUAUGACGAUGAUAAGGUGGUCCGGACGACCUUACGCGCCUGCCUCGACUCCCGUGCCUACAUGUGCUUCUACAUUAAGCGUCACUUCGAGUACCGUCCUUAUUCUCGCCCGAGCUAUGUCGAGGCUGCGAAGAGGAUGGAGCUGGAGAAGGCGAUGAAGAAGAACGCAAAGGUAGACAAGGAGAAGAGUCCAGAGAAAGAGAAGCACGCAAGCGCGGGAAUCGUCAAGGUGGAAAGUGCGAGCAGAGCAGCAAGCGCAGUGCCUGCUUGACUUGGAGAAGCUCUAUGAGACAGCGGCGGAGGUCUGGAAGGGAGGAGCACAUAGCGGCGGCGAAGGCGAACACCGAUCAUCCACUUGCAACACAUAUCCUCCACGCAUUUCGCAUACCAACCCAUUUGAAACACUCCC